CGCAUCCCACAAAACAUAGCCGUUACCCCCUUGCAUUCGAAUUUCACAUCUUGCCGUCGCUCGUCGGCCAACGCACAGCCACAGCUAGCCCGGUCAGAUCCAGAGCAACCACGCCGGUCGCGCCGCAGCCGACCACUGAAACCCGCCGCUGUCGCCAUGGGAAGGCUGGGCGACAAGUCCGACUACGAGAGCGUCCGCGAGGCCCGCAUCUCCGAGAACAAGGCCCGGAUGGAGAUGCUCGGCCUGCUUCGCUGCACCGGGGAGCUCAGCGCCAUCGCGUCCGCCUCGACCCGCCGCGCCGGAAGCGUCACCCCGAGGAAGAGCCCCAAGCCGCCGCUGGUCCUCACCCCGCUCCGCCGUUCCGGCCGCCUGAUCGCUGCCACGACCACGACAGGCCGCCGCUUCUCCGCCCGGCUGAACGGGCAGUCCGUGGAGCACAAGGCGCUGCCUUACAAAGGAAAGUAUGCAGAGGAAGAGGAGGACGAGAAGAAGAAGGCGGUGGUGGUGAUCGACAAGCAGAGGCUGCGGGUGCUUCAGGAGAGGCGGUGCGACAGCAAGGGGAGGGGGGCCGUGUACGACUCUCUUCUUGGGAUCUGCUGCCAUUUCUGCAGGCAGAAGAAGCUGUGCGGGGAGGAGGACUGCAAGCGCUGCGGGGAAGGUGACUUCGAACAGCCAUGCAUAGGGAAGACGGACUGCUCCUCCUGCCAUUCGUCGAACGGGAUACUCUGUCGUGCCUGCCUUAAAGUUAGGUACGGCGAAGAGAUGGAAGAGGUCAGGAAGAACAAGAACUGGAUGUGCCCUCACUGCAUUGAGGAGAAGGGCAUCAAGAAAUUCUGGAUAUGCAACAGUUCCAUCUGCUUGAAGAAGAGGAAGAUAGCACCUACCGGGAUCGCCAUAUUUGACGCGCGGGAGCAAGGGUAUGAGUCGGUCGCUCACCUCCUCAUGGACCAGCUGAAGCGCAGCAGAGCAUUUUGAAGACGACGAUGACUGCCUGGAAUUUCUUCCCUGCUCACACGAUUCUAGUAAUGAUGGUGAUGAUUUGUUGCUUUUGUUGGGAGUAUCUAAUCAUCUUAGAAGAGAAGCUAGUGUAGAAAUGAGUUGCCGAUUCUGUGCUGAAGAAUGUCCAGCUAAGAAACCUGAUGUCCUUAGAUAGUGAGAGAUCCGUUUUGCUGAAAGAUGGAAGGGUUGAUUUUGUGUCGCCCAUGCAUAUGUUUGUGUCUGGAUUUGGAAGGAAGUAAACUGGAAUCAGAUGUGGACGAUGGUCUUUACCAUGUCUGUUGUGGCAUUCCUGGAUCAUGACUCCUAAACUAUCACUUGUGCA